UAUUUUUUGUAGUGAUAGGGUCUCCCUAUGUUGCCUCACUCAAUCUUGUAUUCUCUCAAGUGAAUCUUUCCCUUGAAUCAGAUUCCUGCCUCUCUGCUGACUCAAACCGAUAUUACGUAUGCAGGAUCUAUCUAACACAAGGCAGGACUGAGGAUUCAGAACCACAGUAUUCAUUUAGUUGAUGGCAGAAUCAAAACCAGAUAGAACCAAUGCUCCAGUCUUCUCAACCCAGAGUUCUCUUCACUACAUCCCACUUCCUCUCUCAGCAAGGAAAUUCUUCCUUUGGGGGGAAAAAAAUCUUUCUGAUUUUUCUGAUUUUCAAAACUUCUGUUGGUUUCUAUCAAAAUGUAUUCCUGUGCAGGGCAAAAAAAUAACUGAUAAUAGUGACCAUAAACCAGGAGCAGCCACAACAUAAACAAAAACCUGGAUGAUGGUACUUUCACUUCUAUCUUUUGGUAAAGCCAGAAAUUUUUGACCUCCAAAGCAGUAUAAGUGACAAGAAGAGAUGAAAAGAUGUCCUUAAAGCAGAAUACAGAGAAGAAAGAUUUAUUACAUUGGGAGUUUUGUACCAAAAACAUCAAAUUAAACUUGGGUAAUUGAUUUUUUUAAUGCACUAUGUCACUACUUAACAUAUUUUCUUUCCCAAAAUGGUUCUAUAGGAGAAGACUUGUUGAAUGACUUUACAUAUCAUGUGAUUUUACCACCAAACUAACUGUAAUUUGAAAAACGUGAACAAUGCAACAAAUUGCGAAAGCUACAACCACAUGGGAAGUUACUGCACUGCAUUGUAGAUGCUUAGGAAGACAACAAAAUAAAUAUCUCAGUGUUUUCAUAUGACAUGGCUUAAAAGAAAAGAGAAAAAGAGAGGAUGAUUCAAUGGAGAUAAAAAACUGCACCAGAGUAAAAGAAUUUAUUUUCUUUGGCCUGACCCAGAAUCAGGAAGCAAGCUUGGUCCUAUUUCUUUUCCUACUCUUGGUGUACGUGAUGACUCUGCUGGGAAACCUCCUCAUCAUGGUCACAGUCACUUCUGAAUCUCGCCUUCACACACCCAUGUAUUUUUUGCUCCGUAAUUUAUCUAUUGCCGAUAUCUGCUUCUCCUCCAUCACAGCACCCAAACUUCUGGUGGACCUUCUAUCUGAGACAAAGACCAUCUCCUUCAAUGGUUGCUUCACUCAGAGGUUUCUCUUCCAUCUUAUUGGAGGGGUAGAUGUAUUUUCUCUGUCAGUGAUGGCAUUGGAUCGAUAUGUGGCCAUCUCCAAGCCCCUGCACUAUGUGACCAUCAUGAGUAGAGACCGUUGCAUUGGGCUAACAGUGGCUGCCUGGGUGGGGGGCUUUGUCCACUCCAUCGUGCAGAUUUCCCUGUUGCUCCCUCUCCCUUUCUGUGGACCCAGUGUUCUUGACACUUUCUAUUGCGAUGUCCUUCAGGUCCUCAAACUCGCCCUUACAGACGUUUUCAUACUUGAACUACUAGUGAUUUCCAACAAUGGACUGCUCACCACACUGUGGUUUUUCCUGCUCUUGGUGUCCUACAUGGUCAUAUUAUCAUUACUUAAGUCUCAAGCAGGGGAGGGCAGGAGGAAAGCCAUCUCCACCUGCAUUUCCCACAUCACUGUGGUGACCCUGCAUUUCAUGCCCUGCAUCUAUGUCUAUGCCCGGCCCUUCACUGCCCUCCCCACAGAUAAGGCCAUUUCUGUCACCUUCACUAUUAUCUCCCCUCUGCUCAAUCCCUUGAUCUACACUCUGAGGAACCAUGAAAUGAAAUCAGCCAUGAGGAGACUGAAGGGAAGAUUCGUGCCUUCUAAUAGAAAAUAAAAAAAAAUCCUCAGCUCUUCAUCACCAAGGUUAUCUUAUCUUAUUUUUCUCAUAAAGUCAUAUUCAUAUGUUUAAACAUAUUGUCAAUAAAUCAACUACACUUAGUAAUAAUUAAUUUUACUAUUUAUCUUAGUAAGUAACUGAUAAGCUUCUGGUCAGGAAGAGAGUCACACCCUCUAAUUGAAAAUAAACCAGAGCUCCCUCCUCUUCA